CUAUUGCAGUUUGCCACGCAGAACCCGAUUGAUGUAACGCUGCUGGAAGAUUUGAGUUGCAAUGGCUGCCUAUAAUAACCUUUAAGGUUCCCCUGCCCCUUCCUGAGCCGCUGCCAGAGAGUUUACUGUCACUUCAAGCACGCCGGAAGACUCUCAACUCCUCAGGGUGCACCUGCCAAUAUUUUGGGAAAAUAUCAUGACCGACCAGUGUCACCUGAAGCUGCCUACACAGUACUUGAGUUGGAAAAGGUCACCAAAGCAAUUGAGGUAAUCAAGACUGAGGUGGAGCAGCAGCAGCACAAACUUUUGAUGUGCCAGUCUUCCUGUGAUUGUAAAAACAACAGCUCGGUAAUUCCAAUAAACAGCAAGACAAGCUCUCCUUUUUCCAGUGCUGGUAGGACAUCUAUAAAACACAAAUCUUCCUCUUUAUCUGAAUGCAAUUAUGUUCUGUACAAUCCAACCCCAAGAUCUAAUUAUUCUUCAUGUAAACAUAUAUUUAAUGCGUCAGGUGAAGAGGAUACAUCCCAGGAUAUUGCGAUGGCUAAUUCCAACAUUAAAACUGCUUGUUCAGUUUGGAGUAAAUAUAUGAUUGAGCACUGCAGACCCAGCACUGAUUUAGAGUAUGAUCCAUUGGUAAACUACUCUUCCAGCUUGAAACAAAUUUGCAGUAAAGAACGUAUGGAGGAGAAGCAGGGGUCCAAGGGAGCCAUUGACCAGGAAAUGAAGCACUCUUUUGCAUCUGAAACAGUGAGGAACUUUCAACCUUUUGAAGCUGAGAUGAGCUCUGAAGAUGAACUUGUUAUUGAUGUACCAGAUUUGCCUCCGCUUGCUCCACAUCCCAGGGCGCAUGGGGAGCUUCAGAGAAAGGGAAAUGAUAACCUCACUUUAGUUCGUAAAGUUAAGCAACCCAAUGUUGAGGAAUCUGUCGGUGUAGUUCUGGCUUUGGAAAAAACUGUGAACAGUUUUUCUGAUCUUGGAUCAGAAAAUGAUGGCAGGGAAACAGAGCUGAACUUGGAUGCUUUGCAAAGGACACAAAUACCUCAUCCAGCCGAAUGCAAUGAAGCCUCCACCUUAACCAGUGAUCAGAUGAGAAAAGCUGGCUGCCACCACAAAGAUAUCAAGCUUGGCUUCAAAGCCAAGAGAAGAGGAGAGGCCCUGAACUUAGGACUGGUUCAAUUGGAAAAUGCUGUAGCUCCAAUUAAUAAAUGCCCAACUUACAAUUGUGGACAGGAAUUUGGACCUGAAAAGCUGGAUGUCCAGAAAUGUGGAAAAGUCAAAGAGCAAAGUUCAAUCCAUUUGAAUGCAUCAACACUAUCAAAUUGCACAGGGCAGCUAUCUGAGUUUGGAAGUUCAUCACUGAAAACUGGUCAAAUGACCUCCACUGCAGUGAGGUGUAAUAGAUUGGAAACUACAAAUACUUCUUGCACCAGUAAGUUGGGGGAGAGCCUGACCGUUGGCCAAGCUGGUAUGAAGACACCGAACCCAGUUAGUGAUUUUGGCAAUAGAAACUGGGAUGGAAGUCUUCAAACUGCAAGUGAUAAAGGUGAGGAAUCAUCAUCUUCAGGUGAAGAAUUGAAUUCUACAGCUUCGGAGGAUUUGGAAUUCUCUGAUUCGGACCCAAUGGAAGAGUGCUUGAGGAUUUUUAAUGAGUUCUCAAAGCAAGAAACUAAAGCAAAUGAAACUGUAAUUGAACAGAAUUCUGUUACAAACAUUCAGGAACCUGUGAAUGCAGCAAAUGCUCAAACAAGGCAAAAGAAGAGGAUUGCACAUGUUGCAAAAUUUAAGGGAACAUCCAGUUCUAAUCGGGUGAUUAUUCCACACACACCACCAGUACCAAAGCUGAGGUGUCACAGUCGAAUCAAGCUGGUCCAACAGCAGGCUGUACAGUUAACGGCCAAUGUUAAAGGUGGCCAGGCUUAUAAAGCAACAGUGUCUGAUUGUCUGGCUCAGAAGAAGCUGUUGGUGCAAAGUUCAAAGCUUCAGGCUGCCAGCACUGUGAAAAAAGUUUUCAGGGAUUCCUUCAAGAAGAUCCCAGGUGCUUCUCGUAGCUCCAGAGGUGCUGGGCCACUGACAGGAAAGGUCUUGUGCAGUACAUCAAAAGCUAACCAUGACACUUCGUUGUUGGGCCCUGGUGCACCAGUUCCUGUUAUGCAGAGAACACCUUCAAAGCAAAGAUCUAAAGUCUCUAACAAUAUCCGCAAGCAAUACCUUGGCUUCUUUAUUGAAGAAUUUUUGAAGACCUCUUCAUCUCGUCAGGAAGCAGUCAAUAAGGCCACGUCUGAGGAAAGGACCAUAUUCGAGCACAGCACAAGUAGGUUCAUGUACCUGAAUGUAGCUGUACACACUUUAAAGGUGCUUCGCAAUCCUGCAAAUCAUGAACCUCCUCUUUCAAAUGGCCAGCAUUCUGUGAAAAGGAAUAGGCCAUCUUCAGGAACAACUUUAGAAGGUGCUGCACUUUACAGAGCACUCAAAGGCUACGUGUUAAGUGAAGAGCAGCUGAAAGAUGGAUAUCUUCAUUCCAGCCCUGACAAACCAGGCACUGCUGUGCUGUUUAAUGGUGAAGCAAAGAAAUGUAUUGUUAACUCUUUGAUCCAGGUUUGCUGUCGUUGUGGGUUAUCAUUCUCUGUAACACCUGAAGGAAAUUACAUCUCCAAGGAAGAAUGUGUGCACCAUUGGGGAAGAUUAAUAAGACGGCAAGGGUCUGAUGCAUGGGAAUGCCGAUACAAUUGCUGUGAAGGGUUGCUGGAAUCUGUUGGAUGUCAAGUUGCUAAGUUGCAUGUCUACAAUCGGAAAGAGAAUCUUGAUGGGUUUGUGAAGACUCAUCUUAAACUACUGCCUCUUGAUGGGAAUCCUGGCAUCUAUGCAAUAAACUCUGAAGUAUGCUACACAAAACAAGGGGCUGAGCUGGCUCGUGUCAGUGUAGUCAAUGCCAAUCUUGAAGUGGUUUAUGAUGAGUUUGUUAAACCAGAGAAUGAAGUAAUUGAUUACAAUACCGGGUUUUCUGGAGUAUCCCAAGAGGACUUAAUCAAUGCAAAAACAACUCUUAGUGAUGUUCAGACAGCGUUACUGAGAAUCCUCAGUGCUGAUGCUAUUUUGAUUGGUCAUAGUUUGGACAAAGACUUGCUUGCAGUCAAGCUUAUACACAGUGUCGUCAUCGACACAUUGUUUGUGUUUCCACAUCACCUAGGCCUGCCCCACAAACAACCACUGAAGAAUUUAAUGGCAGAAUGUCUCCAACGUUUUGUCAGUAGUAGUGGAUCUGGAUCUAUUGAGAAAGGGCGUGCCUGCAUGGAGCUCAUGCUGUGGAAAGUGAAGGAGGAUGCCAAAGGCAGGAAGUGAUGAGACCCUCAAGGAAGGGGCACAGACUUCAAACUCUCCCAGCUUGUAUGCUUGCAAAACUUCAUCCCAUGUCUCCAGUCUGAAGAAGGGUUCUGAGUUCUGUAUGCAGUGUGACAUAGAUGUUUGUAUUUAGAUAGAACAAUAAGCCUGGAUCCAUUUAAUCUGGACAGGCCCUAGUGAAUUUUUCCCUUUAAGUUAAAAUACUCCUUUCAAUGCUCACUUUUCUCUUUUUGGGGGUGUACACUGCUUGUAUUCCUGACAGAAGUUCACCUUGGUUGUUAGAGUUAACUGUUGUGUCCACUGGUUUUAUUUGCCACUGCAUAUUUGAAUCAACAGUGCCAAAUGUUGGAAGGGAAAUACAACCAGGAGCUGAGACACAUUUCUCCCCUUAACUGCAUGAGGGGGGUUGGGUUAUGAUCGGCUUGUUCAGACCAGUAAUUGUAAUUUUAUAUAUAUAUAUAUAUAUAUAUAUAUAUGAGAUAGUUUGGUGGGCAACAUGAAACCAACCAAUAGUAAAAGUAUUAUGACUGUUAGUUUAAAUGUUCAAAAUGAUUAGAGGUUUUCCUGCUUUACGUAGACAUACAGCAAGGCGUUAUGUUCAAUCACUCCCAGUCAAAUCAUAAAACUUCAGAUGGGUAUUUCAUAAAACCAUAUUGUGAUCCACAGCUAUCCUGAGAAACUAAAACUGUUCUGCUUGUGUUCCUGAUAGAAUGUGCAGUAAAGCCAUGGUUAUAAAAUGCAAAAGUACUUCUGUUGUAAUUUGUGUUCAGCCAUUAAAGAAAAUCUGUACAUAACCAGAAUAGUUCUAUAUUCUGACAGCAAUUGUCUCCACUGACUGCCUGUUGGGUUCUUUCACAUAAUGUAAAGUGAACACCCAAGUAUGCUCCCAGACUGUUACCAAAAUAUCCAGCAUGUCACCAAAUUACUGCUGUAUUUUCAGAUCCGUAAGGAAGGGCAGGGUACCCCACACUGGCCUACAUGUGAAAGGUGCAGGAAGUAUUUGUAUAAUUGAAGUUCUGUGCAUUUAACAAAGAUUGUUAAUUUUGAAUUUGUUGUCCAGAUUGCCAGAGCUUUAUUGGUAUUCUGCAACAUUUAUUGGAGCAAUGUUUCAUUAAACAAGUG